AUGAGCGCCAACAAACACAAAACCAAGGAGGAACGAAUGGAAAUUGUCAAUGAAUAUCUUCAACAACAAAAGGAGAAGGAAGCAGUUAAGGCCCAAAGUGAUUUAUCGUUUUCGAUAUGGAAGAGAAUCAAUCCAGGAUAUGUUGUUCCAACAGAAAUUUAUAAAUCAACAACAAAGGAUACUUUUGUUCCUCAAUAUUCGGAUCCAAUCGAUAAGUCCUACAAUAGAAUGUUGGACAAGGCAGCUCAGUGGAAUGAAGAAGAUUUAAAGACUUUUGGUAAAUUAACUUCGGCAACACCAAAGGCUGCCAUAUCACACAUGAUGCUCCUCCAAAAUUGUUGUGAUGAUGAAGAAGAUAUCUUGGUGAAGGGACACAAAACUCCAAAGCAAAUCUUGAACGUUAAGGAAUUCCUUGCUCUUGCUGUUGCCGCUAAGGAAAAGGGAAGCAUCACCCUCUACAAGUCAAAGGACAGAAAGAACAGAUCAUACAAGUUCAAGCUUAGAACCAGACAAUACCUUUACACUUUGAAGAUGAAGAACAAGGUUAAGGCUCAACAAUUGGAAAAGGCUCUCCCACCAACUUUGAAGAAGUCUUACAUUAACCACCCAGAAAAGAAGGAAACCAAGAAGCAAUAAAUUUGUUCUCUAAAUCUUAAAAUUAAAA